AUGGAAGCAAAUGACACAGAUCUGGCGAUGCUGCAUAUCGGCCUGGUUACCAAUCUCGCAAAAUGCGGCGGACUUGACGUGGAGCAGGAUGAUAUCUCAUUAUUUCCUGCCUCGGAGUCGCGAAGACGAUUGUUCUGGAGCAUCCAUUUUCUUAACCAGCAAUACGGCCUGCGCAGUAUGCAGCUUAACAUGCUCCACGAUAUCCAUCGGCCCGUCUACGAAACCUUGAACAUGGGAUCGCCUCGACAAAUGGGAACUAAGCCACCUGGGCUUCCUCAGGAAACUGGCAUAUUCACUUCCAGAGGCGAUAUUUGGGUUUACAUGGUACAAUUGGGCUGUCUCUGGUGCGAGGUACAACAAUACGUCUCGCACUGCUCGAGUGGAGAUCUGACACCUCCUUGGUCGGUAGAAUCCGGCUAUUCUAUCCUCGGGGCGCACCUGAUGGAUGUGGAGACCAAGUUUCCGACUGUUCAUCGCUGGGACUCUGUUCGGUUCUGGGAACAGCCGAAAGAAGACUUACACGCAGAACGGGGGUAUUGGAGUCCCUGGGUAUAUCUUCAAUUCACCUACCACGCCAUCCAUAGUGUCCUUAAUCACCCGUUCAUUUAUUCUUGGCGACCACAACAGUCUGCUCAACUAGCUGUACCCAACACAUUUUGGAAGACAUCUUCUGAAUUAGCACUGAUUCAUUCGACAUGGACCGUUCGACUGAUUGAAAUGAUCACCGAGAAGGAGUAUCAGCUUUCUGAUCCCUUUUUGGCCCAUGCUGUAUCAAUUGCAGCGACUAUUCACAUCUACUACUGCCGCGCAGCGGAUCCUGCUAUCCGAGAAUCUGCCCAACGCAGCGUAGAUGUGUGCAUCAAAUUCCUCGGAGAAUUGGCGCUGAAAUGGCCGCGGUGCCAACCAAUGCACCAAAAACUACAAACCCUCGUCCACUCGGCAUUCACCGGAAGUCCAGACGUAAAUAACAAGCGCUCAUCUCGCCGCACACUUUCAAUAGACACAGCUCUGAUGUGGGACAUCCUCCUUCACAACUCCUCCCGAUCCUCCUUUUCUUCUCCGGGAGAAGGCCUCUUCGAUAUCUCCUUCCUACAAGCCCAAACUCCAAACGAUAAGCACCAGGAUAAAGUCACCGUCGAGACGGAGAUCUUCCAUCGUUCAAGCAGAGCAGUGGACACCUCUGAUGGCGGCCAAGCUCUUCCACCUUAUUCAAGUAAAGUGGGCGACCGAGCCAAUUCUACGAGUCCUGUUCAUGGACCCUGGAAUGCAGAUACCAUUGGCAGUGACACGACUCAAAUCCCACUACCGAGGGAAUCGCUUUAUUCUGGAAUCGGCCUCCAGGGUGAUAUGUCUUUUAUGGAUAUCACCCAUGAUCCUUUUUUCCAGUUCCAGGAUCAUCAGCAGCCUUAUCUUGGCAUUUGGGAGAUUGGGAAUUUGUAA